AUGGGUUCCAGUGCUUCACGUGGUGGGCCACCUGCACCUGCGGAGUCCAAGGUCAAGUCGAAGGCAAAGCCACCGAAAAAGUUCCCGUAUUCGGAUGUCCGUCUCAUGAAAAAGUACCUGGCGUCUUUCGUCUACUACGAGAAAUCGACCGAGGAACACCGACGGAUUGCAGCUCAACACUGGGACAAAGUGUUCAAGGACGCACCGCCACAGCGCAAUGUUACUGCCACUGCGAGUAUGCACAAGGAAGCCAAGCACAUUACCAAGGCGCAGAAUAACAAGAUCACGGAGCUCUACGACGUCUUUUACGCCUAUCUGGAAGAGCACGGCGGUGACCUGAAACACGUCUUCAGGUCGUCAAUGCAUGUCCGUGGUCGGGUUCUAGUACACAUAAGUGCUGGUAUGCGGACCAUGUUGGCGUCGGAGAACAUCGCGGAGAAGAUCCUGGCGCUGACCAAGACACAUCGUCGAUUCGGUGUCAAGCUCGAGCACUUCGACUGUGUUGGUCGAGCACUCUUGCAAGCGAUGGAGAAAACGUCGGGCGAGAACUGGAGUCCAGAGAUCGACGAUGCCUGGAGACGAAUGUACUCGCAUUCGAGUGUGAUCCUCAUCCGCACACAGAAGAAGACCGAGAAACAAGCCAAUAAGGAUUCCAAGCGGGCAGCUAAGGACAAGGAGAAGUUCACAAUGACUGGCGUCGGUCCGACUUCCAACCUCGUGAUCACCAAGACAGGUCGUGUCAACAACCUUUACAAAAUGCUGACGUCGAUCCGCAGCAGCAAAAGAGAAUGCACCAGCCGAGGCAGAAGCAGCACCAAAGUCACAGGGAGUGCGAGUGAGCUGGAGAAGGGGUAUCGAAAGCCUGCAGACUCAUAA